GGUAAAUGGUUCAAAAUUAGGUUUAGUUGUUGCAUUUUAGAAAAAAUGUGUAGAAUUUGAUAGGUAUUUUCCAAUAAAAUAAUACAAAUGGCUCUAACGUGUAGGAUUUUAAAUAUAAAUAAUUUAUUCAUUCGGAAUAUUACUAAAACCAAGCCGGUGAAAUGGAGUGUCCGGAAACACUAUCCUGUAAGACUUUUCUGCAACGGCGUGCGAUAUCAGAAUAUUGCUUUAGAGAGGCCUACACUUUUGGAAAAAGAAGUAAAGUUGUUAGCUAGGCCCGUUCGACAAUGUACGACGCAAAGUGGCGAUCCCAAGCCUAAACAGGAGCCCGAGAAAAAACCUGGUCUCAUACAAAGGUUUAAGCAAAUGUAUAAAGACUACUGGUAUGUCCUCCUCCCUGUACACAUGACAACAUCAGCUUUAUGGUUCGGCGGAUGUUACUACUGUGUAAGAAGUGGAGUAGAUGUUGUAAGCCUUAUGGAAUCCCUAGGUGUGAGUGAAAAACUCCUUACACCACUGAGAGAAACUGGUGCAGGAUAUUUAGCACUUGCACUGGCCUGUUAUAAGCUGAUUACGCCUCUGCGAUAUGCUGUUACUGUUGGUGGAACCACAUAUGCAAUAAAAAGACUGACAGCUAUUGGUUGGAUCAAACCAGUCCCUUCAAGAGAAAGAAUCAAGGAAAUGCUGCAAGAAAAGAAGGAUAACAUUCAAGAUAGAUUUCAUGAAAGUAAACAGCACUACCAGACCCAAAUACAAGAAAAAAAAACACAAGUAAUGGAUGAAAUGCGACGGUAUAAGACAGAAAUGAAAAAUAUGAAAAAUAAAGUUAAAAAAAUGUAAAAUGACCUUUUUCAGAAGAUUCAUCUUUCAAAGCCUUGCAUAUAUAAUUUAAUUCACAAACUGG